ACGUCCGCAUUUCAGGCUGCUGGUUUUGGGUUUGUGGUCGAACUGGUCUGAGUCGGAUAUGACGUCAGCAGUUUCGUUUUCGUCCCGCUGUCCAGUCGCCCAGGAGUGGAGCAAUGAAGUAGAGAGAAGUAAAAUUUACAAUGGAUUUCUGGGUCGAGGCCACAGUUCUCAUCGACCGGUUCCAGGAUGAGCAGAAGGUCCGGCAGCUCCUCCAGUCCUACUACUUUAAGGUGACGGAUCUGGACCGAGGUCGGGUCCGGGUAGCGGGUUGGUUCCGUAACCUCGAAGCAGUGAAGGCCCGUUUGGAGCGGCUCAUGGAGGCGACGCCGCACUCCUCCUCGGAUCUGCCGCCCGCUUCCUCCGGAGCGAUUUCAAAGCAAAGCAGGAAUUACGCAGAUCCAGGUUCCGUACGGAGACGUUCGGCCUCUCUGGGCCCCAGAACCUCCUCCGGUCCAAAGCACCAGGCGCCGGAUUAUCGGACUCCAGGUGAGGAGAUUGUGAUCGACUCCGAUGUCUACAUGUACGCCAAGCGUUUCAGGAAACAGCAGCUGGACGACCUCCUGACCCGACGAGACGUCCGACAUAACGUGAAGGCAGAGGAAGAAAGCACCAUCAUCACCCUGCAGGGUCCAGACUCCGGGUCGGUGUCCACAGACCUGCAGCUCCUCCUGGACGGCCUGCGCAGAACCCUCCGGACCCAGGAAGUCCUUCUGUCGGACCUCAGCGCCGAAGGAAAACGCCUUCUAGGUGGAAUCCGAGAAAACAACAAAUCCUUGAAUUCAGUUCUGGUGUGUGAGAAGAACGACCGACUCCACCUGGUCGGCCCGUCCAAAGAGAGCUACGACCUGAAGCAGAGCCUUCAGGGAGGCCCGGUCGACCAAUCAGGAGCCAGAGGACGGACGGCCGAUCGGACCAGGGGAGAGAGGAGCAGAUCGGUCCCAACCAGGAGUCAGAGAAGUCCAGCGGCUGGCAGGGAGUUUUCCUCAUGGAGGGGCGGCGGACAGGAAGCGCCAAGAGGACGAAGUCUCUCGGAGUCCCGCGCAAAACAUGAAGAAGAAAAACUCAGAAGAAAAGAGAACCAUGUUCAGACUGCAGAAGGCCGAAACAGAGGCGCUUUCAUUCGGUCUUUUGGAAAAACUGUAAGACUCUGGUUUAACAAAAAGGGAAAAAAGGACAAAUAAUCAUUUCUACAAAUACCUGAAUCAACCUUGCACUGAAAUAAUCUCAAUUCCUAUUUCAGGAUAAAUUAUGAGCUUAAAUAUCCUGGAACGUUUUGCAAUAAGACAUGAAAUGAAUAUAGCUAGGUUAAACUGCAGGAAUCAAAGUUUGAUCAGUUUUUAAAAUAAUUUUAGGGCUGCAACUAACAAUUAUUUUAGUAAUCAAAUAUUCUGACGAUUAAUCGGAUAAACAAAAUGCACAAACUUUUUAUCUUUUUUAUACAACUUAAGAAAUUCAUUAAAAGAUGCAAUAAAGAAAACAAAUUAAAUUCUUUUUUCAGAACCAGGUGAAGCUGAAACUACUUGAGUUCUGUGUGAAAGAAGGUUUUUCAUCUUACAAGCAAAAUUUAUAUAAAUUUUUGUUUAGUUUUGGCUUCAUUUCUUCUCUGACUCUGUUGUUGUUUCAGCAAAUUUCCUUUUUUAACUUCAGUUAACGAUGAAUC